AUGAUAAAACUUCGUAAAGAAUUACCAAAUGGCAAUUCAAACAACAACAACAACAACAACAAUAAUAAUAAUAAUAAUAAUAAUAAUAAUAAUAAUAAUGAUAAAACUCGAACUAACAAUAAUAAUUCUUCAACUGGUGGCAUUUUACUGUCACCAUAUUCAUUAUCGGCUUUUUCACCUCCACCUCCACCCAUCCCAUCACUCCCUCCAAGCUCUCCAACCCUCAUCCUUCAAACUCAACCAACAUCUUAUCGACUCACUCCACCUUCCUCUACUCCCACCUCUCCCAAUUUAGAAUCUAAUAAUAAUAAUAAUAAUAAUAACAAUAACCAAAAUAAUAAUAAUAACAAUAACGAUACUCUAACAGCAACAACUACAACAACUACAACAACAACAACUUCAACUUCAACUUCAACCACUAGUACGACGAUAAAUACCCAACAAGAUAAUCAGGGUAUGAAUGACACGAAUGAGAUUGAAGCAUCGGCCAAAAAAUGUAUUCUCGUUGCAGAAGACAACCUUAUCAACCAAAAGAUCAUUGUCAGACAGCUAGAUAAGCUAGGAUACGACAUGAUUGUAGGAUCAGACGGAAACAAGGUACUUGAUAUUCUCAACUCUGAAGAUUACAAUUUUUCACUCAUUCUCAUGGAUUGUCAAAUGCCAGAGAUGGAUGGAUUCGAAUGCUCUAGGAUCAUCCGUCAAUUGGAACCAAAAGGUCAACGCAUUCCAAUCAUUGCAAUGACAGCCAAUUCAACAGCUGCAGAAGACCAAUCCAAGGCAUCAGGUAUGGACGACUACCUCCCAAAACCAGUUAAAAUUGAUAUGCUCAGUCAAAUGUUACAAAAAUGGAUCCCCAAUGACGGUUCAGAGCAACAAUUUACUUUUUUCCAACUUACUUGUUUUCAUCCAAAAGAUAUUAUUACGGAUCACCACCAUUUCCCAACAACAACAACAACAACAACAACGGGAUGUGAUGAUCUUCAUCGGCAAUGA